GUGCGCCGGGCGUUAAAGGCGGCAGCGGCGAGUCGCCUCUCCCUGCAUACCGGGGCCCGGCCAGAGCCGGUUGGGGACGCGCGGGUCGCCGAAGGGGAACCCUGCGGGGCAGUCCCUGGGAGCCGAGAGGGGCCUGGCCGGGCCGGGAAGGGAGGACGCUACUGCCGCUUCCACCAUCCACUUCCAUUCUCCACAUGGCUGCCAAAAUCAUCUUCCUAAGCAGGCCUGUCCACACCCUCCCAGCCCUCAUGCCUUGGGUGCCCCGUGGCUCCCUUUGUGACACCAGCCCCGAGCCAUGCCCUGGGAUGUCAAGCGGCAGGGUGGUGGCCUUGACGGGCCAUCCCAGUCCCGGGCCCAGAAGCAAUGUAAGAAGUCAUCCUUUGCGUUCUACCAGGCAGUGAGAGACUUACUGCCCGUGUGGUUCCUGGAGGACAUGCGGGCCACAGAGGCCUUCCACUGGGAGGAAGGUGGACGUGCCAGCACCUACUCACCCUCUGAGGCUCUGCUGUAUGCCCUGGUACACGACCACCAACCCUAUGCCCACUACCUGUUGGCCAAGUUCCCCCGGGGGGCACUGGCGGUGCCUAGCCGCAAUUUCAGUUGCUGUCAGUCUUCAUCACCGCACCUGGCCUUGGCCGUCCGAUACAACCGCGUCCAUAUCCUGCGCCGCAUCUUGCGGACCAUCCGUGACUUCCCAGACGAGGAACGUGCCCACUACCUGGACCGCCGGGGCUGUAGCCGUGUAGAAGAAGGCAAGACCUCUCUGCAUGUUGCCUGUGAGCUGGCCCGACCCGAGUGCCUCUUUUUAUUGUUGGGCCAUGGUGCUUCCCCUGGACUGUGUGAUGGUGCUGGCAACACUCCCUUGGACUUGCUGCUCCGGCGGGUUGGGCAGGACGCAACAGCCACAACCACAGCUCCGACAGCUGGUGAUCCUCUGGCCCUGCUUGACUUGCUCUUCCUCUACAUGCCCCCGGGCUCUGCAUCUCCCAUGCAGAGGGAGCUGUUAGGUGACCGAGUCCGUUGGCAACGCCUUCUUGGGGAGGAAAAGUUCCAGUGGCUCGCUGGCUUGGCCCCGCCAUCCCUGUUUGCCCGGGCCAUGCAGGCCCUCGUGAGGUCCAUCUCACCCCGGCGCUUCCCCGAAGCCCUGGAUGAACUGCCUCUCCCGCCAUUCCUCCAACCCUUGGACUUAAAGUUGAAAAGUUAGGGGCUCAAGUGGACAGAUGCCCGCCACAGUAGCUGCUACUGGAGUGUUGCAAUGGACGUGUGUGUGUGUGUGUGUGUGUGUGUGUGUGUGUGUGUGUGUGUGUGUGUGUUGGGUGCAUGUGUGCAAUGGGAAUGCAUGUGAUAUCAUGUGAUAUCUUUCUGCUGGAGGCAGGUACUAAGCACUUGUUUUAUGAAAACUAUUUUUCAGAGUUGUCUCUGGCACUUUACAUAUGUAUGGAGAUCUAUAUCUACAUCUAUAAUGCACUCUAUAUUUUGUUUAAAAAAAACCAAACAGCUGACAAGUCAUCACUGGGGCUUUAGGGGGGAUUCGCAUCAGCUGUUAGGGGACUGAAAUGUAACGGAGGCUGUAAGGCUGCUACUGUAGUAGGAGGGAUCCAAUAAACACUGGGAGUCUA